CACAGUCAGGAGUCACAACCUCAAAAUAAAAUUCAUAAUGGCGGUGAUCGUUCGACGAAAACGGCUGGUUAUCGCCCAAUGCAUCAAUUUCCAUCCUUGAAACUUGGAAAAUUGAUGUUUAGAAUACCCUGAAAAUAGUUCCAAUUACUCCAACGCAAUGAGGCCUUGAUAACCUCCCCCAAACCGCGUGAAAAUCUGACGUUUCAUUCCAAUUUAGUCACAAUUAUCUGGCACAGGUGAUUAGAGGAGAUUCCAAGAUGUCGAAGCGUUCAGCAGAUCCAGGGGACAGCAGUUCCCAACCCCCGAUAAAGAAAGUCCAGUUUGAGCCGAUUUUAAUCGGUCCAAUAUCAACAUUAGAGGAAAUGGACAUGAAAGUCCUUCAAUUCCAGAAUAAAAAGCUUGCUCAGAGGCUAGAGCAAAGGCACCGGAUGGAGGCAGAGCUCAGACAGAGGAUUGAGCAGCUGGAGAAGAGGCAAACACAGGAUGAUGCUGUUCUUAAUGUAGUCAAUCGAUACUGGAAUCAAUUGAAUGAAGACAUUCGGGUGCUGCUGCAGAGGUUUGAUGCUGAAACUGCUGAUGAAUCCGAGAAUAAAAAUGAGUCGGAAGCAACCACUUCCUUCCUGAUGCAACUCUCCACAUGGGACAAGGAAGAACUCGACGACAAGCUUGCCCACCGUGUCCAGGUCUCGAAACGCGCAGUUUCGAAGGUCGUCCAAGCCUUCGAUCGUCUCUCCCAACGUAACGAGAAGAUCACCCUUGCGUUGAAAGGAGAAUACGAGGGCGAAGAAGCUCCAAACAUCGACGAGGUAGUUCGCAAGGCCAACAACGAGAUCCAAACCGAGAAUAGAAACCUUCAGGCUAUCAAUAUUCAACUCCACGAGAAGUACCACACGAUGUCCCUGAAGAUGUCUGAACUUCAGGACACGAUAACAGGUAAGGACACCUUAUCAGCAGAGCUUCGUAACCAAGUAGACGAUCUCCAGUACGAACUGAACAAAGUCCGAGCGAGGAACGACAAGCUAGAGCACCACUUGGGCGAGGCAAUAGAAAAGCUGAAAGCAUUCCAACAAAUCCAUGGGACCGACGACAAAGGGACGAACAAACCGAGCACGUUGGUCCCCUCAAGUGUAUCUCAGACGAAAUUAGAGGAUCUCCAACGAGAACUGGAGGAGACAAGAGAAUUAGCUAACAAUAGACUUCAGGAAUUAGAUAAACUACAUCAGCAGCAUCGAGAUGCAUUGAAAGAGGUCGAGAGAUUGAAGAUGGAUAUUAGACAGCUUCCAGAGUCUGUGAUAGUGGAGACGACUGAGUACAAAUGCCUUCAGUCCCAGUUUUCAGUUCUUUACAAUGAAUCGAUGCAGCUGAAGACUCAACUGGAUGAUGCGAGAGCGCAAUUGCAGACGAGCAAGAACUCUCAUUUGAGGCAUAUCGAGAUGAUGGAGAGUGAGGAGCUGAUGGCGCAGAAGAAACUGAGGGGCGAGUGCAUUCAGCUGGAGGAUGUCCUGGCCCAGUUGAGAAAGGAGUACGAGAUGCUGAGGAUUGAGUUUGAGCAGAAUUUAGCUGCCAAUGAGCAGACUGGACCCAUUAACAGAGAGAUGAGGCAUCUUAUCACUUCUCUGCAGAAUCAUAAUCAGCAGCUCAAGGGAGAGGUUCAUAGGUAUAAGAGGAAAUAUAAGGAGGCUUCUGCUGAGAUUCCCAAAUUAAAAAAAGAGAUAGAAGAACUGACAACAAAGCUCGGGCAGCAAUCGUCCCAGGAGAGUAAAGAGGGGAAUAAUUCUGAUGGGAGUUGCAAAGAGGAAGAGACGAUGAACUCUUUGCCAGGUUCCAUGCAGAUUAAAGAGGAAGGUGCUUCCAUAAAACGUGAAUUGGGGAUUGAUGAGGAGGUCGAGGCUAUAGAGAUAGGUGAGGGUGAAGGAAGUAAAGGAAAUAGUGACUCUCACGCAUUGACUUCACCAACCCUCAAGAAAGAGAAGGACAUCAAAAGGGAGAAGGAUGUUAAGAAAGAGAACGCAGUGAAAACUGAACACAGGGAUCCAGCGCAUAGACUCAAGGAUGCUAAAGUGGCUGAAUCUGAGAUUGUGAGAGAUCUCAAGGCUCAACUUAAGAAAACAGUCAACGAAAUGAAGGAAAUGAAGCUCCUCCUGGACAUGUACAAAGGUGUAGGCAAGGAGCAGCGUGACAAGGUUCAACUGAUGGCAGCUGAGCGAAAAACUCGAGCAGAACUUGAAGAACUUCGUCAACAGUUGAAGAAAAUCCAGACGUUUGAAUUACAGGAAAACAAGAGGGAAGAGCGCAAGAAACUUGCUGAUGAGGAUGCGCAGAUCAAAAUCAAGAAGCUGGAGGAACAGACUUACACACUUCAGCGACAGGUUGCUUCACAAAAACAGAAUUGCGUUUGGAUGCAGGAAGAGGAAGCGUUAUUAAACGAAAUGGAGGUAACUGGCCAAGCAUUUGAAGAUAUGCAGGAGCAAAACUCUCGUUUGAUUCAGCAAUUGCGUGAAAAAGAUGACGCCAACUUCAAAUUAAUGACUGAGAGAAUAAAAAGUAAUCAAUUGCAUAAAUUAGCCAGAGAGGAGAAAGAUGUUCUCAAGGAGCAAGUUACGACGUUGACGACGCAAGUCGAGGCGGCCAAUGUUGUUGUUAGAAAACUCGAAGAGAAGGAGAGACUUUUGCAGAACUCACUGGCAACUGUGGAGAAGGAGCUGGCGCUGAGGCAACAGGCGAUGGAGAUGCACAAGAGAAAGGCUAUUGAGAGCGCACAGAGUGCGGCUGAUUUGAAACUUCAUCUUGAAAAAUAUCAUUCACAAAUGAAAGAAGCUCAGCAAGUAGUCGCCGAGAAGACAAGUUCCCUCGAGGCAGAAGCCUACAAAACCAAGAGACUUCAAGAGGAAAUUGCCCAAUUACGAAGAAAAGUGGAAAGAAUGAAGAAGAUCGAAUUGGCGGAAACUCUGGACGAAGUUAUGGCUGAAGAACUCAGGGAGUACAAAGAAACCCUCACCUGUCCCUCCUGCAAAGUCAAACGCAAGGACGCAGUACUCACUAAAUGCUUCCACGUUUUCUGCUGGGAUUGUCUUCGCACCCGAUAUGAAACUCGUCAAAGGAAAUGUCCAAAGUGCAACUGUGCAUUUGGUGCCAAUGAUUAUCAUCGUUUGUACCUUUCGACGUGAAAGAAAUGUUCUAGAUUAACUAAGAAGUAAUUUUAUCUUCCCAGAAAUAUUCUCCUCAAUCGAAAAAAAGGUGCAAAAAACUUUUGUACAAAUGAGUUCUUUUUCGUUCUCAGGUCGAUGAGAAUUUUAAUGUAAAGAAUUUUUUUUUCGUACAAAGAGAUUUUUUUUGUGUUUUUUUCCUACAGAAAGAUUUGUUUCUUGUAAAGGCUAUGAAAGGAGUUUGUUUUAUGUGAAAAAAGAAAUUUUUAUUCAUUUUGUUGGCGAAAGAAAGGGAAUAUUUCAUUAAAAAUUAAUUGACUGUGUGCGUGCAUGUGUAGGAUUUCCAAUUAGUACAAUUGAGAUGAAGAAAAUCAUGGACUCGCGUAUUUAAAACUCUUGAUGAAUUGAAUUUUUUAUAUUUAUUCAGUAAAUGUUGUACGAAUGCUGGAUUUAUUAUUUUUAAGAUUAAACCGUAUGGUAAAUAGGUGAAUAUUAAAUGAAAAUUGAUAAAACUA